AUGGAACACAAUUACGUGUACUUUCAGGAAAUAACAAUAAAAACACAAGAAAAAAAUAAGAUAAUUUGCAACAAUUUGUCUUGGAUUAUUAUGUUGGUUAGUAGU